UAAAUGUAACUUGGACAAAUGUCUAGUUUCAUGCUUUUAGCUAAAAGCAUAUCAGUUUGGUAAACAUUUCUACCUGUUGUGAUGCAAACGGAACUGCGACAUAUAACAUACGAAUUUUUGGGAAUUGAUAGGAAUUUUAUAUUACUCUCGGUGGUAACUAUACGUAUUCAGGCUUUGAGUUAGAACCUGAAUGCAAAGCUACUCGAUUCAUUUGUCAGGCGCCAUCUUGUUUUUAUUUGGUAAUUUUGGUUACAGUGUAGUGGACUGUGUGUGUGUGAACGUGGUAAACGUAAAUGAACAAUUUCUGUUGAAACCAUUCACCGUCAUCAUGGAUAGUGAUGGUAAUUGUGGGCCAGGAGGCCCCAAGAUUAUGGUAUUUCGUCCCACAUAUGAUGAAUUUAAAGAUUUUUCCAAGUAUGUUGAAUAUAUGGAAUCAGUUGGAGCACACAAAGCUGGUUUGGCCAAGGUAAUACCACCUCCUGAAUGGAAACCACGCAAGGCUGGGUAUGAUGUGGACAGUAUUAACAUAAAUAUACCAGCUCCAAUCUGUCAAGUUGUGGAUGGGAAACCAGGAUUGUACACACAAAUUAAUGUACAGAAGAAGGCAAUGACUGUGAAAGAAUACCAUGACAUUGCAACCAGUCCCAGAUAUAUGACACCGAACCACUUUGAUUAUGAGGAUCUGGAACGUACGUACUGGAAGAAGAUUAUGUAUGGCUCUCCAAUCUAUGGUGCUGAUGUGUCAGGGUCCCUUACAGAUCAAGAUGUUAAUAUUUGGAACAUCAACCGUCUGGGAACAAUUUUAGAUUACGUGAAUGAAGAUUAUGGUAUCAGUAUAGAUGGUGUAAAUACAGCAUACUUAUAUUUCGGCAUGUGGAAAACGACGUUUGCUUGGCACACUGAGGACAUGGAUUUGUACAGUAUCAAUUACUUGCAUUUUGGUGCACCAAAGACCUGGUAUGGUAUACCUCCUGAGCAUGGUCGUCGGUUUGAAAGGUUAGCCAAUGGGUUCUUUCCAGAGGCCUCAAAAGUAUGUCCAGCAUUUCUCCGUCAUAAGAUGUCACUCAUCUCUCCACAAGUGAUGAAGAAGUAUUCCAUUCCCUUCAAUAAGAUUACGCAAGAGGCUGGUGAAAUAAUGAUCACUUUUCCAUUUGGGUACCAUGCAGGAUUCAAUCAUGGAUUCAACUGUGCGGAAUCAACAAACUUUGCAACGCCUCGCUGGGUUGAAUAUGGAAAGAGAGCCUCACAGUGUUCUUGCAGAGGCGACAUGGUGAAAAUAAGUAUGGAUACAUUUGUAAAACGGUUCCAGCCAGAUCGCUACCAUUUGUGGCUUCAGGGUAAGGAUGUGGGUGCCCAUCCUGAAGAUCCCUCCCGACAAUAUGCUGCUCCACCGCCCACACAGCGAGAUGUUUUAGUUAAUAAGAAUAAUCCAGUUCUACCACAGUCAUUCCUAGAGGCACCAAAGAAAAACCCUAAACGCCACCCUAUUCAUAAGAAGAAGGGAUCUGGAACAUCAACAGGAGAGGGUGUACUGACGUCUAUUGACCGAACAGAUGAAGUGCUGGCUGAAAUACCUCCAGAUGUGCAGAAAGUUCUUGAGGAGAUGGCACUUGAAGAGGAGGAACCAGAUGAAGACACGUUAGAAGUCCUUGAAGAUAUCUGGCUGAAAGCUGGUGAAAUGGAUAUGAAUGAGGCAUCAGUUUACAGUGAGAUACGUAAGAAACAUGCAAAGAAACGCAAGCGCCAAUCAAACUCUGAAGGCCCUGAACAGAACAAGCCUCGUAAGAAGCGGCCUAAGGUGGAGGUCAUCAAUACUAGUGCAGAUCCCAUGGUUUCAUAUUCAGACAUACAGAUGAGCAGUGUUCCCAACAGCAACACUGGUAUCAGUCAAGCCAUUAAGAAAGUCAGAAUCAAGCAGGUGAAGAAGGUGAAACUACAAAGUGAGGAUGACAAGUUGCAAACAGAAGUGAAGCCUUCAGAAGAUCAAAAGUUCUUAGAUGAAACAAGGAGGUGCUCUGCCAUCCUUUCUGAAGAUGGUGGCAGACAGAGAAAGUCUCAGUCUGGCCACCCAGGCAAGAAACAGAAGUUACCUAUCAGCGUUGGGAGUCAUAUCAUGGCAGUUCCUUUCAUCAGCCAUGUUGCAAGACAGUUUCCAGACACAGGACAGAUUGUGGGGCAGCUUGCAGGCCAGGUCCCAACUUCAGCCGCAUCUGGCCAGUUCUUGGCCAAGAUCCCAAACAUCAGCCGGGUUGUUCCGAGUAUCCGGGGCAUGGGCGUGGUCAUGGGCCAAGGCCAGCCCACUUACCAGAGUCCAGUUAGGGGUAAUAUAUUACCCACACACCAAGUCCUGGGCAAGGGGCAGGUUAGGCCAAGGGGCAGAGUAUUCUUCAGGGACCAGAUUAGGCCUAGGGGCCAGAUUCCAGUCAAAUCUGCAGGCCCAGUUCGAGUCACCAGCCACAUCUUGGAACAAGUUGGAGGCCAAAGCAAACCUGCUACUUAUGUCCCAGGGGUGAGACAAAUUCCAGUCUCCAGUGAAAGUCAGGCGAAGAAGACUUUGGGACUAGUCUCUGGUCAAGUUGUGGCUCGUGAACUGGUUGUAGUACCAGGGUCUCAGCCUAAAGUACAUACAUCAGCUGGAGGUGUCAGAAUGCAGUUGCCAGUGUGCACAUCUAUCGCAUCACAUUCUGGAGCUGUUGUCAUGACAUCUCGAAAUUCUGGACCUACUGCUGGAAAUCUGCCCAUUGCUGGAACUCUGUAUUCUCCAUCAAAUUAUGUGGGCUAUCUUAAUGAAUAUGUCAGAUUCAUGCAGACUGAAAACAAGAGACAAACGCAGCACAAAAUAUUUGGGCAGCAGGACAUCGGUGAAAAUAAUACUAACCUAGCAUGGUCUAUACAGCAAGCCUCAAGUAAUAGAAGUGGUGGACAGAGUGGAACCUUCACGGUGGAGGGUGUUGGCAAGAAACCUACAAUUGAUUUUUGCAGUCAUGUUGCAAGAAAUACUCAUGCUUCUAGCUGGGAUUUUACUGUGAAGUGUGUUGGGGAUUCACAAACAUCAAGUCAUCUAGACAGUAUUCAGAAGUCUGCACUUGUUGCUGAACACUUAGAUAGUGCAGUAGAAAUUAAAUAUCACAUGAUAAAAACUGAUGAAAUUGGACAUAAAAAGACUGAAUAUGAAAAGGUGAAAAAUAAAGAAACCAAAAGUGGGAAAAUUGAAACUGCAAGCAUAAAAAUUGAAAAGGUUGAAGCUAAAAUGUUGGAAGAUAAAAAGACUGAAACUAAAAUAAUUAAAACUGAAACAUCUUCUGAUUUUGUUGCCAGUACAGCAGUGUCUAUGGCAAUAAACCCUGCCUUUGUUUCUGGAGUAGGCUCUGAAGAAUUAAGUAGGGCAAACAUUUCUAUGACAGGCUCAACAUCAGCCUCAGAUUCUUCAGAGGCACAGUCACAUAAAGAACUGAUGAAUGCAAUAGGUGGUUUGUUGGAGUUGAAGAAUAUUCAAGGUGUUGCUGGUACUUCUGGUGGGACUCUAGAUGAAAGUCCUUAUUCAGUGCAGGAGACAAUGGCAGCUUUGCAGAAAUUCACAGCAGUCAGCGUGACUCCAAUUUCUAGUGUUCAAAACCUGAAGCACAGUAAUAAUGUGCAGCUGGACACAGGUCAGGCUUCUACCAUAUUAUCGAACGCUAGUGUACCUGAAAGGGCGUUAAUGCCAUCUACCAGCAAGGGCAGUGCCAUUUCUGGACAUACUUGUAGUGUAUAUAAGGUUGACAUUCCUUGUGUGGGUUCAAAAACUGACAAGUCAAAAUCUGAACCUAAGCCUCAGACUGAGUUUCGGAUCCAGAUAAACUGUAAAAAUGAAAUGUACCUUUGUAACACUGAGACUGGUGAAAUCAAGCCCUUGAACACGGCAAAAUCUGCCAAAAAGUGGAGUCAGACAAAUUCAAGGUCUACGCCUGUACAGGUAGAACCUAGUAGUAAUGUAUCAGCUGAUUCAAAGAUAACCUUUGGGGAACUGCCUCUCCAUCCAGUGCAAGUAUCUGGGACUUAUCAAAAUGUAAUUGCUAAGACAACAGACAUAACUGUGAAAGCAGACCAGUCCCGGCAGGUUACAGAGACUGCCCCUGUCAACAUUCCAAUGUCUGGAAUGUCUGGCACUCCAUCCCCUGUUCCAAAACUGAGCCUAUCCCAUCCAGUAUCAAAGCCUGGAAGUGUGACAUUCCCAGACAAACCUGUUACUUCUGUUUCAAAAUUAAACCAAUCUGAGUCGGUGGUGAAGUCCAGCGAAGGCAACAAAUCAAGCGUGCUCAUGAAGUCACCCCAUGUUCCGAAGUUAGUAAUGCCAAGGAAACCUACAGCAACUCAGUCAAUGCCCAGUAAAUGGCAGAGUGCUGAAACUAUGGCUGCAAACCAUAAACCAAACCGUAGGAAGCCAACAUACAUUAUACACAAUGCACAUGGCAAGAUGGCUCGUCAUACUAUUGAAUUGCAAGAGGCUUUGGAGUCCUGUGUUGAAAGCAUGUUGGCCACAGACAAAGAUGAUAACUCUGUAACACGUGGACACGAGAAUAUGUUUGACACAACGAUGAAAGAUGAUACGCCCCUCCCAUUUUUUCUAGAGGGGGGGAUUCAGACAUCUGACAUGUCGAAUAGCAAGGGCAUGCUACACAUGACACAACCUGAUAGCAAGCAAUGGCCGUCACUUGGACAUGAGGUGACGGUGGAGACGACUGCUGCCACACCGCCAUUGCUUGAAGCAUCUCCUCCUGUGCUUGAGCCAGCUGGUUCCCAGCAGAUGACUUCCACUGGCGAGGAAGGAAGCAGCCAUCCACCACAGUUGAUACCCGAGAGUAGUACCAGUAUUAGGAAUGUCAGCAUGGCACACAUUACUGCCAAGAACCGAAAAUGUCCUGGAUAUCUGCAAGACAUACUGCAGAAUUCACCUCCAAAUCUUAAGCUGGAGAAGGCAUUCAACAGUUACUGGAGCCAAACCACACCAUUCUGCUCACUUUGUACAGCAUUCAGCAUAGGCAAGGGCUGUGGUGGAGGCGGUAUGCCCCCUGACUGGAAGUACUCGGAUCCAGUUGAGAAGCCUUCAACAAGUUCGGUGUGGCUUUCCUCAAGCCACUUCAUAACUAAUAAGGAUUUGAAUAAGAUGGCUGUGAGCAAGCGCACAACAGAUGGUGGGGACAGCUCUGUGCUUUUAAGUUGUCGUGACUGUGGAGUAUGCGUCCACUCGGGCUGCUAUGGCGUCACAGUACUGCCAUCAUCUCCUGCUGAUCGAACAGAUUGGACUUGUGACAAAUGUCGUGCUGGCAUGCAUCAAGUGUAUUGUUGCCUGUGUUAUGUGAGGGGUGGAGCCUUGAAACGCACAACAGAUGCUCGUUGGGCACACAUAUUGUGUGCUCUACUUCUGCCUGGAGUUGCAUUCAAAGAUUCCGUUUGCAAGGAACCCAUCAGUGUCUUGUCUGUUAGCAAAAUGAACACAGAGAUUGAAUGCAUAUUUUGUGGAAACCAGUGUGGUGCUUGUGUUCAGUGUAGCUAUGCCAGGUGUCAACACAUGUUCCACCCCAUGUGUGCAUUGCUGUCUGGUGCACAGUUCCACAUAUCCCCUUGGAGUAAUAAUUCCUCACAAAUUAGUGUUUCAUGCAAAGGUCAUGCACACAAACAUGACAAGAUCUGUAGUGUUCACGUAGGGCAACUGGUAUGGGCUCGUCACAAGAACAGACGCUACUACAAGGGACGAAUAUCUGACAUUUCAGAAAUCCAAUUCUAUAUGGUUCUGUUUUCGGAUGGCUCUUUUAGUGAUGAUCUUUAUCCAGAAGACAUUACGAAUUUUGCAUGUGGGAAAGAUGGUCCGCCACAUGUGGGCGCAGAUGUUGAUGUUCUUUGGAAUGAUGGCAGAAAGUAUAAUGGCCAUUUCCAAGGAACAAACCACCAGCUGAUGUUCACAGUUGUUUUUGAAGACAAUUCUCAGCUUGUAUUGAAACGUGAGGCUAUCUACAGCUUGGAUGAAGAUAUGCCCAAGCGAGUAAAAGGGCGCUUGUCUAUGGCUACAGCAAUGAGGCAUGAAGAUCACUUAGCAGUCUCUACUGAACUAUCGGGACAUCAUCGUGUUAAUAGGGGUACUAACCCUAGAUACAGUAGUGUAAGCCAAGUCGUUAUGACCAGUACAAAAUGAGUUGUCUUUACUGUCCCAGCAAUGGUACAAUUUUGUGAAAACAUUGUGAAUGUCAUCAGCGAUGAUGAAAAUGUACAUUUUGAAGUGUCAAGGUGUGAAUAAAAGAAUUUUUGAGUAUGCAACAUGAGAAGACAAGUUUUAAUAUUCAGUUUUAUGAUAAAUGACUUGAAGGAUUAUAACCACACUGUUUAAAAGGCUGUUGCAUGCUGGGACAUUUUGAUCAUGUAAAAGUAAAAUAAUAUAAGAAGACUCAAUUAUAAUGUAAGUUUUGUGAGUAAUACACUAAUCUUCAUGUUAAGAAACAAAGUGCUAAAUACAUAAAUAAAUGGAGUCUGAAAUAGGAAAAUACUUCAUAGGACUGACAGUUUUGGCUGUUAUUGAAUAAGGAGAAUAAACUAAAGAAAUGUAAGUAUGAAUUAUGAACUACUUUGUUCUAAUUGUGGUGGUUAAUGAAUUGGUGUUGAAAAAGUAACAUACUAUGAGUUCUGCAGUUGGGAAGUCUUCCACAGCAUACCAUGGAUCAUCUGGUGAUUUAUCUACCUACCAUCAGUGUGAGGUGGUUGCAUUAUGGGAGCAGUAAUAUUUUCCGUUUGAUGAAAGUUGGACGAGUGAAAGCUUGUUACCCCCUACCAACUUUUAUGCAGUCAUUAGGAAUUAUGUGAAUAAUUCUUUCUUUUUGUAAUUUAUUGAGUUUUGUUAACAUUUGCACAUUUAAUUUCAUGCCUGAAAUUACAUUUCAGUCUCAAAUGAUGUAGGUUUCCUACAAAAUUGUUACCACAUGUUCAAAAAGUUGUUUUGGUGGGAGAACAUUCUCAGUAAAUUAAGUUUGUGAUAUUUGAGGUUCUUAUAGCAGCAGAUAUGAAGAUAGUAGUCUUCUGGGUUUGUGCAUUGUGUAGUCUGUUGGAAGUUUACUGGCAUUAAGAAGUGCUUGCUGCCUCUAUCUUCAGGGUUGAAGGCAGCGAACAUCUCUAAAACAUCAGUAAACUUCUACCAGACUACAUGGCACAACCCAGGAAGACAGCAGUCAUCUAAAUUAAGUUUAGUAAAUGUAUUACAUCUUUAUUUUAUGGCAGCCCUUUAUCUGUAUUUUGUUGGUGUAUGGCUCACCGCUGUAGCAAAACCACUAUUAAGCGGUGUUUUAGAAACUGUUUUCUCCUUUUGCCUAGGGUAUUUACAUUCUGGGAUUUUUUGCAUUGCUUGGUUUAAUUACAUUUGCAUUUUGUGUGUGGUAAACUUUGCUAUGUUUGAAACAUUUAAAAUGAGAAGUAAAUCAUAGAAUCAUAUGCACAUAAUUGUGAAAUCAGACGUGUGUAAGUUAUGCAUCCGUCAGAUAUUUUUUUUCUAGUUUUAAAAAAUCUGACAAAUUUAAUUUUACAUGGUGUACAUCAAAAGUAGUGCAUGACCUGUAACAGUGUGAAAUUUUUCAAACCAAUUUUUGACUUGAAAUAAUAUAAUUUAUUAACAACUGUUAUGCAAGUGACUGCACAUAUUAUGGAUUAACCGUGCUUCUGUUUGUAAAUUUGUUAAUACAGUAAUUUGUGUUACUUUUAUAGUAUGGUGCAGCUUACUUUACAUUUGCCUGCUUUUGUCAAAAGGAGCAAGGAAGGAAUGUGACCAUCUCUAAAGCUGAAGCUCAUCGAAAUAAUAUUUAGAAAUUAAAUUUCUACCCACAAGAAAACACAACACUCCUCCAUUACAUAGAUCACAUGGUUAAUGUAUAUGAUCACUUUGUACAUCUUUUGAAUUAAUUUCUUACAUAUGCAGUGUCUAUGUGUUUGUGUGACAUAGUAUCUAUGAAAGUUGAUUUCAUAUAGACAUGAAGUUCACAAAACUGUGUGCUGCUGUUUCGAUUGUGACUGCUGUUAAAUUGCAUGCAAACAAACACCCCCCCCCCCCCCCCCACACACACACACACACAAGGAGUGGAAUGUAGAAUGAGACUUAAAAGUAUUCAGGUUAAUAAUCCUGCAUUGACAUGUCAUUUUUUGCAUAACUAGUUCUAUCAAAUUCCAAAUAAUAUCUUUUGUCCAGUAGAAAGUGAUAAUCAGAGAUAUGGAGUGACAGACAUUGAAAACAUUUGAAUAGAACUUUAGUUUAAAUGGUUGUACUUAGAGAAGAAUCAGCUUUUGGAUAUGCUAGUGUAAUACAAUAUUUUAUUGUUAAUUUUAACAAAUAUGAUUUACAUUAUUCUUGCAUAGUAAAGUUAAUAACAUUGAUAGGUACACUUGAGAAAGUCUUCCAUGUAGUAAGUAAACCCAUAUGCAGUCCAGUUUCAGACAAUCUUGAGUUUGUAAGUAUCUUGUCUGAAAUAUCUUUGUUAUUUGGUGAAGAAUCAUUUUGAUCAAUAACAGUAACAAAAUUAUUCUUCCUUACAAAAAUUUACAUUCUUGUGGGUCUUUGUUUUGUGAUACUGUUUAGAAAACAGAGGUUGUAUAGCAUCAAAGAAGAAAUAUAAGAUGAUUGUGAAUAAAGAAUCAGGAAAGAUGUGGAAUAAUGCAGAUGUGUAUUUUAAGGUGGUGUCUUGGUAUUUGGAAAAAGCAUAAAUAAUUGCAAGUCAGGUUAUCUCUCUCUGAUGUUUGAAUUGUAUGUCUCCUGAAUGUAAGACAUUAGAACUUGCCUUAACCUGCUUCUUCAGAAAAAAUUGUUUCUGUUGUUGCAGAGUUAUAUAUUUUCUUGAACACUAUUGCUUCGGGGAUGUAAUGUAAAAGACAUCUUAUGCUUCUCCCAAGGUUUGGGUGCUUUUUAUCUGAUUUCAAAGCAGUACACUAAUUGAUCCAUCAGUCACUUCCUAGGCCUUCCCUGGUCUUUGUGCCAGUAAGGUCAGCAGCACAUAACUGUUCGAGGUAUAUGAUAUUAUCACAGUUGUUGCACAUGUUCUUUCCAUUUGUUAUUAAUUUCCAUUGCCAUGAAUUUCAUUUUGAAUAUGAUCUUUUUUUGUUACUCCUAGUAAUAGUCAUAAAAAUCUCAUCUGUGCUUCCUCAGUUUACCUGUCAUCAGCCUUCCCAAGGUCCAGGGUUGACCAGCAUAUAAUAGUGUUUGUUUCCUAACCACACUGCGGAACGUGAACAAUUUUUCCCUUGUCAUUUGCUUCCCAAAAUGUCUUCUAAUUAAUAUAUUUAUUCUGUUAUAUAUUAUUUAGGUUCUUUGAUACAUGUCUUGUAUUAGUGAUUGAGUUGUCUAAAUAUUUGAAUGUUUUAAUAUCCUUGAUUAUGUAAUUUCUGAUUAUUAUUUUAAUCCUGUUUACCUGAGAAGCAAUCACUUCUGGGUUUGUUGAUUUUUUCAUCUUGUAAAACUCAGACAGGUUAAUUUAAAUUUUGGCAUAUGCCAUCCUCUGUGUCCGUUGUUAAUAUAUGGAAUGGCACACAUUUCUUUAUUAUGUCCAGUCAUCAUUCCUUAAAUUUUGUUUAAUUACCUGAUUCAUAUACAUUAUUAGGGGUAGUAAACCACAUAACUAAAGUAGUUAUUCAUUAUUGUAUUAUGAGUGGUAAUUACCGAGGAAUUUCUGAGCUAUCAACCUCAUACAAAAUUCUAUCAAACAUUCUUUUGGCAAGUUUAACUCCAUAUGCGAAUGAAAUUAUUGGGGAUCAUCGGUAUGGGUUCAGAUGAAACAGAUCAACAGUUGAUCAGAUCUUUUGCAUUCAUCAGAUACUAGAAAAAAAUGGGAGUUCAGUGGGACCAUACAUCAAUUAUUUAUAGAUU